AUGCCAGGGGCCCUUGGCGAAAUUACGUCGUGGCCAGCCGCUGUAAAGACGUCUUCUACAACGUUGUCGGCUGCUCCUCCUGGUGCAUCCGCACAGGACGGUCACGGAGCCUCAUACUCUCGAUCCCGCCCUGCCUCACCGGCUUCUCCUACACUUUCGAAUACGUCAACUGUUGACGGCGAAGAGGAGGUCGAAUCUUCACCAGUUCUUCCUCCGCUUCAAGCUCCUCGACUUCCGGAAAGAGCUUUACAAUUUUUGAGGACACCACCUCCCGACGAAACCCAAUUUGGUACUGCCAGCUGGGGAUCUCCCUAUCCCCAGUCAGAUCGCAACCUUCGUCGUCAGAGCUCCGGAAGUGAAGCCUCGGACGACUCACCAAUUCACCACCUGGAUAUUGAGACCCCUUUCCUACGCCCAAUUCCUGAUCUGCUACGUUCACAGUCCGACCCGCCAGGCUCUUCGCUGAGUGCUGCCGCCGCCGUCCUCGCGAAUCGUGCUCGACGGCAGACUCGUGGUCUUACUGAGGAUUGGAUACGUACGCACACCACUGACGACCCAAACGAAGAGAGUCGACACUGGUUCAGUGACGGAAGUGGGAGCGAGCACUCUUCGGCGAGCGGCUCUGAACCUGGCUGGUUAGAAGAGGGCGAAGCGCGCACUCCCCGACCCAUCCAGAGAACAAGGGAUCUGUCUCGAGAAGGAUCUGGGCACCAUCCACGGGCCAGAUCUAGCAUCGAGACUCUCCGACCAGGAGAUUCUCUCAGUCCCAAAACGGGACAGAACAGCAGUAUGGCGACCUCCGAAGCCGCGCCAGUAACGCACGAUGCGGCGAGCGACAGGUCUCAGGCCGCCUCCACCCCGGAUGUACCUGUCGCAGAAAGUCCAAAGAAGCGUGUCCCCAGUUCUACCGCCAAUGGGGAGCCAGCGCUGCCUGCAACACCGAUGAAGGGCACUCAAAAACCUCUUCCUAAAGAACCAGCACCAACGCCUCGACUAAAGAAGAAGGUUCCAUGGAGAGGCAAGAACAUCAUGGUUCUCAUACCGCGAGACACUGAGCGAGGCCAACCUGGCCAUGCACCCAUGCCCUUACGUCAAGAUGAGACAGAGAGGAUGUUUUCAUCAUGGGAAGAGCUUGGAUAUGACAUCUCAGGCUUUGACUUGGAAGUAGAGGGCUAUCAGGUUGAAGGCACAGCGGAUUCUCAAACCCGAGAUUCCUGGCCAGAUUUUGAUGAGGUGGUUAAAGAGAGGGAAGAGCGCAGCUUCAAGGUUACCCUUCCCGAUUUGAAUGCUUGGAAAGAUUAUAUGAAUGAGCUUCAGGAAGCCAAGUUGCGCGCUCUUGGCGUAUCUUUUGGUGAUGAUGAGCCCGAGCAACCUUCUGUCUCUCCUGCGACAACAGACCUCAGCCGCCAACCCUCCGGCCAGUAUCCCCCUCUUCCAUUUUCUCCCCCUCUACCCACUUCGUCGGCCUCAAGUAACCAUGGUAUGCCGGGCUUCCAACCAGGCCAUUUCGUACGGCCUUCGACGCACAGUCCAGGUCUUUCUCAUGGUGCCUCACCACUUUCUUUCGCUGGCAUGCCCGGUAAAUUCAACCCGCGGCAAUCCAUUUCGUUCCCUGCCAACAGCUCACCAUUUGGCUUCCAACAACAAUCGCCAUCGGGUUGGCCAGGGCUUAACCGCCAUGACUCGCCUUCUCUCAUGGGCAUGAUGUCUCCUCAGUCCCCCUUCGGAGCAGAGAGUCCUGCUGCCAUGAACCUGCACCAGCGUCACCAGUCUCUACAAUAUCCCAUGCUGCCUCAUCAGCAAUUCUCAUAUUUGCAACCUGCUCGGAAUUCACCUCGCCUGCAAGAGGUCCGCGAAGAUGAGGAGGAGCCUGCUAGCAAGAGCCCAUCAAGGACGCCUGAACCCCCUCAGCAACAGAACACGGAUACUCUCCAGGCCGAGAUUGAUGAUGCGGAGUACCACUUGGAAGAGCAGCUCCGCAACGAACUGGAGCACGAAGAUUACAACCCCCAACCCCAAAACGAGCAGCCUGCUACCCUCCCAGACCCGUUUGUCCCGGCUCAUGGUCCUCAAGCAUCUGGUCAAUUCACUGUCCAGGAGCGAUUCGCCAGUGAACAGUCUAAACCCCUGGUCCUGCAUCAUCCUCGACCUCACAGCCGUGGCCACUCACUAUCACAGGGUUACUUCCGUGAUCACAACGAGAACAGCGUCACUGCUGAUGAGAGCAAUCUCACUAAGUUCAGCAGCCUGAAUGAAAUACCAGAGUCCCACAAACCUGAUGAUGUCUAUGAGAUCGAGACCAAUCCCAGCAACCUGGGCACACCUGUCCAAGAAUUUGAUUUCCCUGGAUUUGGUCAUCAGAAGAACUUUUCAACAGCUAGCAAUCCAUGGAACGAUGCUGGGUCAGUUGAUAGCGGCAAUAAGAUGGAUCGACGCUCCAGCCAUGCCAGCAAACCAUCGCUGUCAAAGCUUAAUGUGCAAGCACCUGAGUUCAAGUUCAACCCCACGAGUUCCUUCACUCCUGGCCAGUUUGACUUUGGCAGCAAGAGCAAUACCUUCCAACCUGGUGCCAGUAGCUUUGAGCCGGCAGCUAGUACAUUCCAGCCCGGCGUGACUAGCUUUCAACCUGGCGCGAAUGCUUUCAGACCUGGUGCUAGUAGCUUCCAACCAACUGCCAACACCUUCCAGCCUAUGGCGAGCACCUUUGAACCUGGCAAAUUUCAGGGUGCCAGUUUUGAGGCAUCUGGAUUCCAGCCCUCAGUGUUCCAGGCGAACACUCACAUUUCUGAUACGAAUAUGUUUACGUCACCUCCUGCAAAACAGCCUACACAUGUUACACCUGCCAAAAUUAACGUCAAUGCGCCGGCUUUCUCCCCAGGCGACAGCUCCUUUAGCUUUUCAACAUCAGGCCCUAAAUUCAACGUCGCUGCGCCUACAUUCACCCCUCACUCUAAUGCCUUUACAAGCCCAACCAGUCAGGGCCAUGGCAGUAUCUUUGGAAGCAUUGACCUUUCUUCAAGUGACAUGCAAUCGAACAAGAAGUCGAAGGCUAUCCCCAUCAGGAGACCGUCCAGUCAAUCAUCUGCCAAGUCUGAUGAAGCCGAGGUGCAGUUUGAUGCUGACGGUCGGCCUUUGGCUGAUGAGAACAGAGUCAAGCGAGCACGUAGCUCUGCACCUGGCGGUGAUGAUGUGCCAUUAUUUGCUGAACAACCUGCCCAGACCGAUGGGUCAGCGGAAGAAACACAGGAAGCCACACAAGAUGACCAUGUUCUCCCUGCUGACACGUCAAUGUCUUCUAUUGUCACCUCGGACCAGAUCGACACCAAGGCCACUACAGCCGCUCCGUCUGCGGCGCCUUCAGUUACAUCCGCAAACGAGAAUAAUAACUGGAAGCCAUUUGAGUUUGAUUCCAACCAGGAUAUUCAGAACUUUAACGAUGCUCGACCAUUUGGUGAAGAUAGCUUCAAGCACGAGCACAAGAAGACUCUCUCUGCCGCUGCCGAACCUUUUCAGCCUGGGGCGAAUUCUUAUGGAGAAACCACUCAGACUGAAAAUGAAGAAGAAUCGGACGCCUCUCCCGUGGCCAGCCCGAUGCCAGCCUGUGCUCCUCCUGGGCUUAAUACUUCUCGUCUCAACACCAGCCAGCCUCCACCGAGAACUGCUUCUAAGGGGCUUGGUGCUUCACGGUUUGCUGAUCCUCCUAAGCCUGCUAAGGGUCUCGCUGCAUCCCGAUUCGCUGGCAGCCCGACUCCCGGCGAGAAGCCUCUUCCCCCUCCACCCGUUGAAGACGAUGUUGUCGAAUCAGUGGAGGAAGAGCCUAAGCCUGAGUUGUCUGCUACUGUAACGCAUCCUGCUGGCCGUGGCAACAAUGAGCCUACAUUUGAGGAGAUCGACGCCGUUAUGGAUCAAUUCUUUGAUGAUCCUACGAUGGGUGUCAACAAGACUGUCGAAAACUCACAGUGGCAGCAAUCUAGCCCAGUUCGCACUCUUGCAUCUAUGGCUACCUCCUCUCCCUACAAACUGGAACCUACUGCCGAUCAGUAUAACCGCGACGAAUCCAGCUUGACGCCUCGGGAGUACCAUCCGCUUUCAGACGCUUCUGCUCAGCCGGUACCAAGCACCGAGCUAGAGGACCCAUUCUUAGAUCCUCCCGGAACACUGAUCACUGCCGGUGGUGCUGAGGCUGUUGACGGCGAGAGCCUGCCCGCUAGUGACUGGGAAGCCGCCUUUACCGAAGACGAGCAUGACAAACUGGAGGGCCGAGCACAGUUCUUCGAUGGACGUGUCAAUGAAGUUGUUGGAAAUCUGUUAGCCUCACGCCUGGAACCUCUGGAGAAGACACUCUUCUCCAUCCAGCAAGUCUUGGCGACCCGAGCUCGACGUACACCUUCUUCCCGACGCGACAUGCGCAGCGUCUCUGCUGAGCUCCAGCAGAGCGAUGCCGAUGACGAGGAUGAAGAACCCGUUGUUCGUCGCUCGAUGAGUCCUCGACGGGACAGACGUCUGGACCAGAUUCGGAUUGCUGUUAUGGAGGGUCUUCAAGCUCAGCAACGCAGCAAGCUUGAGGCAUCCCCUGCCCCCCUUUCUGCACCAGCCAGUUCCGAAACACCGCCCACUGCUAUCCUUGAGGCCCUCGAAGGACUUAAGCAGGAGGUCACGAACAACGCAAACCGUGAUAAUGGUCUAAAGAAGAUGAUCCAAGAAGUCAUCGAGGCACGCAUACCUGCUGCCCCCAAGUCCGAGGAGGUAGAGAACGCUAAACUCACUGAGCUUCAGGAUAAGAUUACCGAUCUUGAACAGCGUCUUUACUUUGAGCAGACCAAGGUUGAGAAUGAGGUCUCUGAACGUCGGGCGGCCGAGGACUUGGCGUCUGAACUCAUGCGCAAGCUUCAAACUGCCGAGACCCGUAUUGAGGUCGAGAUCAUCAACCGCAGCGUUUUCGAUCAGCGCGUAGCCGACUUGGAGGAGAGGCUUAGGGGAGCUGAAGAACUCAGCGAGGAUUCAGUUGUUGCCCGCCGUGCUGCUGAGGAUAAACUUACUGAAGCCCGUGUUCAGCGUGAGAUAGCUGGCGAAGAGGUGGUCCGUCUGCGCGAGCUGGUCGAGCAAAGAGAUCAUAAGCUGCGUUCACUUGAACAGGCAAAUAGCAAAACUGCUAUGCGCAUUGCACUCUUGGAGGCUGCUCAGAAUAACGCCACUCAGGCUCAGCACGAGGCUGUUGCCAAGUGCAAGGGCAUGGAAGUUGAGCUCAAGGAUGUUCGACAAGACAACCACCACUGGCGUGCAGAGGCAGAGCGAUAUGACGAGUCUGCUCGACAGAAGGGUGCCGAGUUAAUCCGUGCUCUCGAAGACAACCAGCAUAUGCAGAAAUCUUUGACUACUCUUACGACACAACUUGAGGAGAAUGAACGUGUUCGGGAAAUGUGGCGCGGCAAGUUUGUUUCGCUUCAAGAAGACAUGGGACGGGCGGCUCGGGAGAUUGCAGAAGAUAACGCCCGCCGUAUCAAGAAGGAUCAAGCUAUGCUUGCUAGACAGGAGGUCUUGGAUGCUCGUCUUCAGGCUGAGGCUAAGACCCGAGAGCGCUUGGAGAUUGAGAUGGAGCGUCUGCAGUCGAACGAGCGAGCUGGUAUGCGUGCAACUAAUGAGUGUUCUCGUCUUGAAGGCAUUAUUGGCGAACUGAAGACGGAGAACCACAAACUCGAGCAGAAGGCUAUGCGUUACCAGCGCGAGUUUGAAGAAGCUCGCGAGUCUGGUAUGAGUGAAGUCAAGCGGACCCGCAUGGCGUUGCAAACCGAGAUCGACGCCGCUAAUAACCAAGUCAACUACAUCCGCGAGGAGCUCGAGGAGCAUAAUUCUAAGCUUCGCGCUGAGCUUGAUAACGUCAGACUCGAAGUGGAUACAGCCAAGGCCCAGAAUGAGAUGCUUCUUGAAGAGGCUGAGAACAGCAAGACAGCUGAAAUUGAAGAGCUUAUGCGAAAGCACCAGAAUGAAAUUGAGGAUCUCCAGACACGGUACGAGCGCCGGGUCCACAACGCUCAGGAAGACGCUCACAAAGCCGAACAACACCUUCUGGAGCGACUUAGCCUGUCUACGUCCAAGACCGAGCAUCUUCAGGAUCGCAUCUUACACCUUGAAGAUAAGCUGGAGAUUGCCAAGCAGGCUGCUGCUGCUGCGGCUCAAGCUGCCAAAUCCGCUGGUGCUGAUGUCAACAUCACUGUCGCCCAGCCUAGACAAGCAUCACGAGAUCUCGAACCUCAUGAGAGAAUCUCUCCCCAGGCUCUUCGUGAAUCUAUCAUGGUUCUCCAGGAGCAACUUCAGGCCCGCGAGCAACGCAUUGAGGAGCUUGAACAUUCCUUAUCCAAGAUGGACCCUGAGGCCUCCACAAAGAUUACCAAACGCGAUGAUGAAAUUACUUGGUUACGCGAGCUUCUCGCGGUCAGACAUGAGAACCUGCAGGACAUUAUUGCCGCCCUGCAAAGUGAUCGUUUCGACCGUGACGCAGUGAAGGAUGCGGCGAUUAGACUCAAGGCCAACCUCCAAAUGGAGGAACAGGAACGAGAGAGAGCCAUGAACGGUGGUUCUGCGAUCAACCUACCAAACAUCGCUCAGACAAUCCAGAACGCUACGCCGCGUGUGGCACAAACUAUUGGCCCUCUUGCGGCUGCUUGGGGCAACUGGCGAAAGGGGAACCGCAGUCAACCAUCGCUCAGUAGCCUGUCUGGCGUCCUCAGUUCGCCAGCUCCUCGUCGAAACGCGACGCCAUCGCGUAACAACUCGACCUCCCAGGAUAACUCGCUGGGUGGCCUCAUGACACCUCCCGCUUCUAGCCUUCGUCAAACGCCUCCAGAAGACAAUAAGCCUCAGCCUACCGCUUUUGCCAGCACCGGGCGCCGAUUUCCAUCACAAAGCUAUGGUUCUGCACGAGCACGGGGAGCUUCAAACACCUCACAUCGAGCAGAGCCCACUGUUGUGACGCCACCGCCUAGGGAGUCGGAAGAUGAGCCCAUGACUCCCACAAUGAUGCGAACUAGUGGCUACGAUUCGGAUGCCCAACCUGGAGACUUUGAUGAUAACGAUUUCUUUGAAGACUGA